UCACCUGUCCGUGUAUUCAUCCAGACGAUUAAAGAUCAAAUGAAGAAAAACAAAGAAGUCCAGGAUGGUGUAAAGACCCUUCAGGACGAGUCUGGCAAGAUCGGAGAGAGUGACACUCUCAAGAAAGCCCGAGAAUUGUUUGAGAAAGCAAAGGAACAACAAUCGGCACAGUCAGAGAGAUUAAAGCAAGCCAGUGAAAAGAUCACGCAGACUGCAAGUAAGGUUGGCGAGAGUAUCAACGAGUCCUACAAAAAGGCAGCCGACACCGAUUUUGCCAAGGAGACUGCCGAAAAACUGAAAAAGGCAGCCGAAAACAUUGACAAGGCAGCAGACCCAUUGAGAAACAGUGCGGCUGCUGGCAAGAUCUCCGAGGGUUUCCAGACAGUCGUCAAGGAUGAUAGUGGCAGAUACGCUGGUUUUGUUGACAAGGAGACUCGCCGCAAGUUGCGUGAACAGGCUCAAGCAGAAGCUCAGGGCGGCGGUCUGGGAAAGAAGAAGGUUGUGGAGGAUCCUAAUGCUGGCUCAGGAAUCGUGCUCCACAAGGACUCAAAGUGGAAAGAGAGCUGGUCAAAGUUCAAGGAAGACAGUCCUAUUAUGCAGGGUAUUUUCCGGGCCAGAAAGAACUAUGAAGAUUCAGACAAUAUCUUUGUGUCUUAUUCCCGAGCCUUUACUGACCGUGUCUCAGAGACAUUUGGUUCCAUGUUUGAGGAAUCUGAUCAGGCUCAGGCCAUUCGUGCUUUCCAGACAAUUGACCCCACCUUUAACAUGGAAAAGUUCAUGACCGAAGCACGUAGUUACAUUGUACCUGAGCUUAUGGAGGCAUACCUCAAGGGUGAUGUGGAGACUUUGAAGUUGUGGUGUUCAGAGGCUACUUACAAUGUCCUAACCGCUCUUAUUCAAGCCCAAAUGCAGCAAGGACUCGUGAGUGAUUGCAGAAUCCAGGAUUUGAGAGAUGUUGAUUUGGUGACAGCAAAGAUCCUUGAGAACGAUGUUCCUGUCUUGGUGCUUUCGUUCCGUACCCAGGAGAUUAUUGUGUUCCGUAAUGCAAAGAGUGGAGAAGUUGUAUUUGGCAAAGAGGAUCACAUUGAACAGGUCACAUAUGCCUGUGUGCUCACAAAAGAACCUGAGGAUCUGCAGAACCCUGUGACAGGAGGAUGGAGAAUUAUUGACAUGGCAAAACACGACUCUCGG